AUGGGCGACAGUGAAAGACCAAAGAAGAAGCUACGCAUCGUGGACACAUUAUCAGGGGAGAAGGUUGCUGAGAAGGCCGAAGCUGAGUUGAAAGCACACCCUCACCAUGUCGAUGAACAAGUUUUAGAAUUCCAUAAUAAUCGUGAAUUUAAAAAUUUAACACCACACAAGACAACUGCAAAGCAAGCUGAAAACUUGGAAAAUGCCACUAAUAAUCCUUUCACUGGUGAGAAAUUCACUCAGAAGUAUUUUGAUAUAUUGAAAGUCCGUCGUGAUUUACCUGUUCAUGCUCAACGUGAUGAAUUUUUAAAAAUUUUCCAAUCUACACAAAUUAUGGUUUUCGUUGGUGAAACUGGUUCUGGUAAAACUACACAAAUUCCUCAAUUUGUUCUUUAUGAUGAUAUGCCUCAUUUGAAAGGUACCCAGGUUGCAUGUACCCAACCUCGUCGUGUUGCCGCCAUGUCUGUUGCUGCAAGAGUUGCUGAUGAAAUGGAUGUUACAUUAGGUGAAGAAGUUGGUUAUAAUAUUAGAUUUGAAAAUAAAACUUCCAACAAGACUUUGUUGAAAUAUAUGACUGAUGGUAUGUUAUUAAGAGAAGCUAUGGAGGAUCAUAAUUUAUCACGUUAUUCCGUUUUGAUUUUAGAUGAAGCUCAUGAACGUACUUUAGCUACUGAUAUAUUGAUGGGGUUAAUUAAACAAAUUUCUCAAAGAAGAUCCGAUUUGAAAAUCAUAAUCAUGUCUGCCACUUUAGAUGCUGAAAAAUUUCAAAAUUAUUUCAAUGAUGCACCAUUAUUAGCAGUUCCUGGUAGAACUCAUCCAGUUGAAAUUUAUUAUACGCCAGAAUAUCAAAAAGAUUAUCUUGAUUCAGCCAUUAGAACCGUUUUACAAAUCCAUGCCACAGAAGGUGAAGGUGAUGUCUUGGUAUUCUUGACAGGUGAAGAAGAAAUUGAAGAUGCAUGUAGGAAAAUUUCAUUAGAAGCUGAUGAAUUAAUCAGAGAACAAGGUUGUGGUCCACUAAGUGUUUAUCCAUUAUAUGGUUCAUUACCACCAUAUCAACAACAAAAAAUCUUUGAACCUGCACCUGAACCAAUCAAUGGACGUCCAGGUAGAAAAGUUAUCAUUGCUACAAACAUUGCAGAAACUUCUUUGACAAUUGAUGGUAUUGUUUAUGUUGUUGAUCCUGGGUUCUCAAAACAAAAAGUUUAUAAUCCAAGAAUUAGAGUAGAAUCGUUAUUAGUCUCACCAAUUUCCAAGGCAAGUGCUCAACAAAGAGCUGGUCGUGCUGGUCGUACUAGACCUGGUAAAUGUUUUAGAUUAUACACCGAGGAAGCUUACAAAAAAGAGUUGAUUGAAGCUACAUAUCCGGAAAUUUUAAGAUGUAAUUUAUCAUCAGUGGUGUUAUUGUUGAAGAAAGUUGGUGUUGAUGAUUUAGUUCAUUUUGAUUUUAUGGAUCCUCCAGCACCUGAAACCAUGAUGAGAGCUUUAGAAGAAUUAAAUUAUUUGGCUGUAUUGAACGAUGAAGGUGAGUUAACUGCCUUGGGUAGAUUAGCUUCAAAUUUCCCAUUGGAUCCAUUAUUAGCAGUCAUGUUGAUUGGUUCAGCAGACCAUAAAUGUUCAGAAGAAAUAUUAACAAUUGUUAGUUUAUUAAAUGUUCCAAAUGUUUUCGUUAGACCUGCAAACUCUAGAAAAUAUGCAGAUGAAGCCAAAUUACAAUUUGCUGAUCAAUCUGGAGAUUUUGUCACUUUAUUAAAUGUUUUCAAUGAAUAUCAAUCAGCUUUAGAACAAGGAGGUAUUAAUCAAUGGUGUCGUGAUAAUUUUGUUUCAUAUAGAACAAUGGUUCAAGCCAUAAACAUUAGAAAACAAUUGUACAGAAUGAUGGAAAAUUAUGAUAUUCCAGUGAUAUCAACAUCACAAGAUGAUAAGAAAUUUAAUAAAUACAUUACAAGAGCAUUAUUGGGUGGGUUUUUCAUGCAAGUUGCCAUCAAGAGUGGGAAAGGUUACAAGACAGUUGAUGGACAAGAUGUUUUAGUCCAUCCAAGUACAGUUUUACCAGUUUCACCAGAAUAUUUGUUAUAUAAUGAGUUGGUGUUAACUUCAAAGACAUAUAUUAGAACUGUUCAUGCAGUUAAAGGGGAUGAAUUGAAGAAAUUUGAAUUUUUUAGUGAUUAUAGAUUUUGA